UGAAGCUACCACCCUUCGUAAAGAAGUUGCCUUGGCAACAGGAGUUGGCGAAGCAACUGUUGCUUAUUUUCAAAUAGAAUAUGUGGAUGUAAUUCGUGAUCAAAUUCUUGCUAGAAAUAAAAGUAAUACUCCUCUUUCUCUUCAAACCCUUAUCAUAGAACUAUCUAAAUUAGAAAUUAAAUCUGAGUUGGUUGUUUCAUGUUGGCGAAAAUAUCUAGGUAAGGCAAGAAAUUACCAGGAAAUGGUCAAAGUUGGAAUAUGUGAUGAAAGUGACAAAAAUGAGGAUGAAAAUUUAGAUUUGUAUUCAGAGAACGAAGACUCUGAUAAUAAAAAUUAA